GAGGAGAAGCGCAGUUCGGGCCGGCGGCGGAGCGAGGAGGUGGGCUUCCUUACGGGUCAGGCCGUCCUUCCCGGCGUCCCGCGCCCCUCUUUCCUCACAGAUCUUCCCGCCGGACCCAGACGCGCGCGGGACCCGCUGCAGCUGCUUCCGUCACCCGGCGAGGCGAUGGCGAAGGUGUCGGUGCUGAAUGUGGUGGUGCUGGAGAACCCGAGUCCUUUCCACAGCCCCUUCCGGUUCGAGAUCAGCUUCGAAUGCAACGAGGCCCUGCCGGACGACCUGGAGUGGAAACUCAUUUAUGUGGGCUCAGCAGAAAGUGAGGCAUUUGAUCAGAUCCUGGACUCCGUCCUGGUGGGCCCAGUCCCUGCUGGGAGGCACAUGUUUGUGUUCCAGGCUGACGCCCCCAAUCCAUCCCUCAUUCCUGAGACGGACGCGGUGGGCGUGACUGUAGUCCUCAUCACCUGCACGUACCAUGGCCAGGAGUUCAUCCGCGUGGGCUACUAUGUCAACAACGAGUACCCCAACCCUGAGCUGCGGGAAAACCCACCCCCUAAGCCAGACUUCUCUCAACUCCAGCGGAACAUCCUGGCCUCAAACCCCCGGGUGACACGCUUCCACAUCAACUGGGAAAACACAGACAGGCUGGAGGCUCCUGACAGCCAGGACCCCACCCUGGCCUUCAGUCUCGGCUGCACUCCUGUCAAGGGCCUGGGCCUCCCCGCCUGCAUCCCUGGUCUGCUCCCUGAGAACUCUAUGGAUUGCCUCUGACUUGGAGGCCUGCCCUGUUGAGCCAGGACUGCUGCCCAGCUCAUUUGCUUAGCUGCCUGCCACAGUUGGGCAGGCUGGUCAGGAGGGCAGCGGACCCCAUCAGAGCUGAGCCAGAAGAAGGAAUGGGGCUCAGCUCUCUUCCGGCCUCAUUUGCCCUCUUAAAAGCCGAAUAGGCCUCGGGCCGGUGCUUCCGUGGUUUGUUCUUUCUGACUUGGGAUGUUUUUUUCUGCCACUUGCAGGCUGGGGUACCCCUCAGCCCCUGUGACCCCCAUUGACCACCAAGCUCUUCCCACAAGCCACUUGCUUCCCCACUAGCUGGGUCAUUUUCCCACAGGGUGCUGUCACCCCUUUCCUUUCCCAAACUUCUGAUGGGGUUCCCCCAGCUCUGCCUUACAGACUAGUGGACACUGAAGCUUUUUUGAAUAACCCAGGAUGUGGCUUUCCCUGGGGGCUGAGUUGAGAUGGGGGUGUGGUGUCCAGAGGGCUUCUGUGCCCCCCCCCAUAUGCCCACCUGGAGACCACCAAAGCAUUUCCCCACACCCUGGUCCCCUCUCUGCUCCCUGAACCCUGUUUGAGAGUGCAGUUUUCUAUUUUGAUAGCAGAAGUGUUUUGGUUGUUCUGUAAUAAAAAGCACUUCAUGAA